GGCACGCUGCGCCUGGCGUGGGCUGGCGGAGGCGCGGCCGCGCCCGCGGCAAUGCCCGCGAUGGCCAUGCCAGGCGUGCCUCCGCUGCCAGGCUGGUGCCUGCCUGGGCCGCCGCCGCCGCCGCCCGCCGGCGUGGCCCCGGCGCCCGGGGCCCUCGCGCCGCUGGCGGACCUGACCAACACGUUCUGCGCAGGCGGCCUGGGCCAGCCCCCGCCGCACUGCGACGCCUUCCGCAUCCUCGACGCCGCCACCCCCGUCAAGG